UGAAACUGGGAGAAGCACGGUGCACACACCAUGAGGAACAAUCGCCAAGCAUAUCUCCUCGGCGUUAGCUCCGGCAAGGCUCUUCGGAGCCGCAUGGCUAGGCGCCUGUCCUCCGUCAGUAGAAGCUUUCGUAGACGCCCCAUGGCACCACCACCAUCCCAAGCCACGCCUCCCGUUUCACCAGCUCCUACUGCCCCAGCCUACCCGGCCUCCCCACCCGUCUCUCCCACGUACACUCCUCUCUCACCGGCGUACCGCGCUACUCCGUCCAGCUUGCCGCCAAACGAGGCCGAUCCAGCCGCUGCACCUGCAGCUAUUUCUCGGGCGGGAGAGCGUCGCUCACCUGUAUCACCCACCUCCCCGCUUCAGCUCUCACCCAACCAGUCCGCGCUCUCCCCAUCUCUGUCCUCACCAGACUACACACCCAGCUCACCAUACACACCAUUGGCUCCAAUCACCACCACUGUUGGUUCCCCUGGAUCCUCCGCGGACUACUGCCCUAGCUCACCUGACUACACCCCGAGCUCACCGGCCACACCACGACCGGCCCUGAUGCCGGCGACCGGGUGCCACCUGGAGAUUACUGGGCCAGAAGCAGCCACUGACGUGGUAUCAGACAGGAACUCCGUCGACAUGGAAGUCGACGACAGGGACAUCGACUACGAGCUCGCCGUGCGCGAUUCCAUCCGCACCGAAGGGGAGGAUGCAGCCAGGAGGGAAGCGUUGGAGCAGAACAACAAGGUGAACCAAGAGCUUGAUGAGUUCCUUGCAGCCGUGGAGGACGUCGAAGACAUCGACGAGCCACCAUCCUCUGGUCCGAACCGCAAGAUUCCUCCACCACCCCCUGGCAAAGGCAAGGAGCCAUUCAUCGACAUCUCGGACGGAGACGACGAGUGGUGACUGCCAUGCACACCAGUUGCCAGCUAAAAAACGGCAGGGCUGAAGUUGACGGCAGCCCAUUAUCCACUAUGUGUUUCCUUUUAAUUUUCGGUCCAUUGUGCCUGCUGAAGCCGAACUAGUUUUUUAUUGUUUUUUAGUAAUCCUGCUCCCCUCCGUUGUAUCAUCCCCAUCCCAAGCCAACCGCAACAUGUAACGUCAUGCUUUCGCAUUAGUAUUUAAGUAA